AUUUACACAUAAAAAAAUGAGUGGCAUUUAAGUAAAUUGAGAAAAUGGUUUAUCUAUGUUAUAUCCGUUAUCCGCUCCCGCUCUCCUUUUGUAGAGAGAGAGGAAGAAGAAGAAGAAGAGAACCUGGAAUCUAUAAAAGCAGAUUUAAAAGGAAAUUUCCAUCAUAUGGUACGUUGAAUUCUAUGGUUUUGAUGAGUACUGGAAAGAGAAGGUUGAAUGGGUUGGUUCCACAUGCGAAGAAGAAUGGCCAUGAGAGGAAGAGAAGUUGGUGGCAGAAAUUCUUUUUGGAUGAUGAUGGGAAUUGGUUCGGUUUGAGGGAAGAUGACGUACUGGAGGAUCCUAAGGGCUCAGAUGGAGAGGAAGUGUCAGAGGAGGAAAGGUUUGAAGCUUGGAAGAGGAGGGCGGAAGCAAUUUCUGAGUUGCGGGAAGCGCAGGAAGAUGCAAAGAAUGCGGAGAGUCGAGAGUGGGAGGAUUGGAUCUGGGAGGGACCAUCUAGUGUAGAUAAUACUUCCUUUGACAAGGAUUGGGUGGACGGAUUCGAGGAACAGGAUCACGAGAUCCCUAUGGAUCCCAGACAGAUAGUGCCUGAGAAGGACGUGGCUGGUGCUAUAAGAGAUCUUGUCCUUGGAAAUUAUGAGGAUGAAUUGCUAUAUGAAGACAGGGUUUUUAGGUUUGCCUCUUUGAGUUCGGCAAAAUUCUUGGCAUUGUUGGUCAUUGUACCAUGGGCUUUAGAUUUUGUGGUUCAUGACUACGUUUUCAUGCCAUUUUUGGACAGGUAUGUGAAGACCGUGCCACUUGCAGCUGAGAUGCUUGAUGUAAGAAGAUCUCAAAAACUUGAGAUGAUAAAGACCCUAGAAGUUGAGAAAGCAAGAUUCCGUUUUGAAGCAGAGAUUGGUAAAGCUCCUCCUCUUUCUGAUGAGGAGGCUUGGUUGGAGUUGCGGCGUAGAGCGUUAGAGUUGAGAGAUGAAUGGAGGUUAGAAAACAGGAGAGCAUUUGCUAAUAUUUUCUCCGAUAUGAUUUUUGGGAUUGCAUUGUUCUUUCUUGUAUACUUCAAUCAAAGCAAAGUAGCUUUGCUGAAAUUUACAGGAUACAAGUUAAUAAAUAAUAUUUCAGAUACUGGCAAGGCAUUUCUUAUUAUUCUUGUUACAGACAUUUUUUUGGGGCUGAAUAUAUAAAUAAAAGGAACAUGACAAGAUGGCAAAAGAUCAAGACUAGACCAAGGCAUUGAACUACAAGAUGGACCUUCGAUUGUUAACUACAACCAAAGAGCAGUAUGCUGAGCGAAGCUCAACGUGGCUAGCACAGCUACAAUACCAGAGAGCUUUGAAAAUGAACACAAGCAAUCUCCUUAGUUCUUCCCUUUUAUUCUUCUUCUCGGUUAUUUAUUUAAUUUUCCUUGUUCUCUAAUCCCAGCAAAUAUUUUCUCUAUCUUCUCAUUUUCAUUUUUUUUUCAUGCAAUUUUUCAUCAACUAAGCUAUUUUCAAUCAACUUAAUUGAGUUGAUCUGGGAAUUCCUAACAGCCAAAGGCUAAUUUUGUAGUUGAUUAUGACAUUCUAGUCAUUGCUUUAUGCAAGGGUCAUGCAUCAGCACCUGACAAAAAAUGUUUCAUACUUGCUACAACCUUUUAUCCCCCCAUUUUGGACAAAAAUAUGUUGCCUAUAUGAAUAUGCAGGACAUCUAAUAUACAGUUUGAAAUUCGUGCCCCUCAUUUGACCACAAAACUCAAAAAUGAGACCAGGCAAAUGUGACCAGUUAUUGUGAAAUAAAAUAAAAGGACUUAAUGAAGGAUAGGAGCCCCAGCAAUAAGACCACAGUAUGGUAUUGUUUUGUGGCAUGGAAGGAUGUUCAAACAUAACUGGCACCUGUAUUCUGUCAAUUUGAAGAAACACAAUGCUAACAAGGAACCGUGGACAUGUUAUGGAUUGACAUCCAUAUUUCUAGGUAGUCUUAUGAAACACACAUGCACACACGCACGCACGCAUGUUUCUAGUACUGCAAGCAUAAUUCUCCGCCACCUUGGUUCUCCAUCAUGCUAACACAGUAGCAUUCUUUUCAAACAUCCACCAUCCAGUGCUGAUUUUAAAAACUGUCAAUGGAAUUCUUGAACUUUGUGAUUUCAAUAUUGCAUGUUCUUGAGGUUGUUCUACCGCCUGAUCAACAAGUCAUUGCUGUUGACAUGAAACUCGAAAUGUGCAUGAGUGUUUCUUGAUGAGGUGGCAUUCGGCCCACUUACAGUUUGUCCAUUCCUAAAAAUUAGAUUAGAAGUUACCUAGUUGAAAUACAUAUGGUACAAGUGAAGAAUGAUUUUACCUUUCAAAUAAAAAGUGAAGAAUGAUUCAGCAUUUGCAUUCUAUACUAUGGCCUGACAACCAACUCUUAAAACCAUUAACACACUUCCGUUACUUACUCCCCACAUGAAUGUAUUCUCUCUAUAUUAAUAUACACUUCAAGAUUUAUAGUGAAUGCUGACUCUAAUCAAAUGUCCUUUUAAAGUGGGCAUUCUCCAGAAAAGCCAUUCUAUUUGCUUUAUUUAGCUUAUAAAUAGUACAUGUACAUCUGUAGAUGUGCAUAAGAUUCAAAGGCAUUCAUAAUUUCCACUUUGAAAUGAAUAUACUUCUUCUUCACAUGGAUAUUGAUCUCUCCAAAUUUGCGUGAAUGAACAU